CACAGCGGCUGUGCGCCCACUCGGCGAUCGAUCGCACCGGACCAGUGCGCCGGCAAGGAGGAGCCGCGACGACUGCGCCCGCCGCGCGGCGCGCACAGGCUCGUCUCGCGAUCAAUCUGACCCAGUCGGCGCGCAGGUGGACAGCGCGUCGCGGCGUGCGGCCUUGUUGCCGCGGGGGCUGCAGUGCUGAGAGGUAGCUCUUGGACGGAGGCGAAGAGACGCGAAAACUGGUGGACGGACGGCGAAGUCGGCUCGACGCUGGCGACGAGACAGCAAACCGACCCGGCGUGAAGGCCAGAGGACAGUAGGUCACUCACGGCAGUUUUGACGUCAGGUAGUGCGUAGCUCGGACGGCGAGCCACGCAAGGACAGGAUCAGUGGCGGGGCCUCCAGACAGGACAGCAGCCAUCCGCCGCCCGCGUCUAAGCCGUCGAGUUCGCCGCGUCGGACCGCCGUCGGAUCGCGGCCGCGGCCAGCAUGGACCCGGCCGGCGUGCCGCUCUCGUCGGUCGACUACAUCGACAGCGACGCAGCCGACCCCGAACCCGACGCUGACCCGGAGCCGACGGCGCCGGCGCUCGCCUGCCGGCCCGACCCGCAGCUGGAGCGGCACCCCGAGGAGGAGCUGGAGGUGGUGGGGCCGGCGGCGCCGCUGUGUGCCGGUCGGCGCGGCGACUCGCCGCUGCUGGAGAGGGCCAGUCUGGUUCGUCUGAGGGUCGGCGGCGCCCCAGAGGUCAACAGCAAGACGGCCUGCUUUCGAGUUCUGUCGCUGGUGUACGCCAAACUCCUGGUCGUCGUGUGCAUCGCAUUCCUCAUAUCGGAAGUCAUCACCUCCAACGUGCCCCUGUACUACUACGAGGGAUUCUUCGUCUACUUGUACGGCGGGAGCAUCCUGUUUCUGAUCUACAUCUUCACCUACCUCUUGCACGAGAGCGGCUCUGGAGGCGCCGGGGGAGGCGGAGGCUCCGGAUGCUGUGGAACUAGCGCCAGCACCGCUGUGGAAGUGAGCCUUAACCACGGGAGCGGCUCCCCCGAGCACUUCUCGAGAACGAGCCGCCUGCGCAAGACCAAGACGAGCGAUAAUGACCACAGUCACGGCGGCUUCUUCCUGCGGAUCGGCGCCAUCGCGUUCGGCCUGGGCACGAUGGUGUACAAUGGUCUGGAGCUGGGCUCGUUCUUCGAGAUCCCGCGGAGCUCGGACUGCUGGCAGAUGAUGCUGGCCGUCAAUCCCUGCCUGCAGGCCCUCUUCACUUUCAUGCAGAUGUACUUCAUCUUCAUGAAGUCCAGGCUGAACAUUCACAAGUUUAAGGUGGUGGCCCGGUUCGGCCUGAUGCACCUUGUGGCCACCAACAUCUGCGUCUGGGUCCGCACGCUGGUGCGCGAGAGCCUGCGAGUCUUCACCGACUACAGCGAGGCGACGGGCGACGCCAAGACGGAGGACUUCAUGAUACUGGAAAGACACGGGGAGAGCGAGGCGAAAAACAACUGCGGCCGAAUCAACAUCAUGGGCGAGGUGGUGGGCGACGCGUCACCCUACCUUUUCCCCCUGAUCAUCGAGUAUUCGCUGAUCGGCGCCACCGUCAUCUUCGUCAUGUGGAAGAACAUCGGUCGGUGUCCACACUACGUGGACGAGGACGUCAACCGUGACCACGUCAGCGUUUCUUCGAGGAAAGCGCACACCAAGGUGGACUGCAUCGGUGUUUCGAAGGGCCUGUUCUGCGGCCUGCUGGCGCUGGUCAUCAUCACUAUCUGCCUGGUGCUAUUCUUCGUACUGGUGCAGCAGGAUCAGCACCGCCGCCUGGCCAUCUUCCUGGCCGACACCAGCCACGCCGGCAUCCUCUUCCUCAUGAUGCUCGCAAGUUUGAUCGGAAUUCUCAGAAGCAGAAGGCUGAAGUUUGCUUAUGACAAGCCUGAUGACCUGGACGCCAUCUUGUUGCGGGUGUCGGCAUUCGGCCUUUUCCUGUACUCGAUGUUCUGCUUGAUCGCCGCCGCUCUGUCGCCCAUGCAAAACGUCCCGAACAUUCUGGUUCUGGUCACCUCGGCACUGGUCAUUCUGCAGGUGAUGAGUCAGCUGAUAUACAUAUCGGAUGUGGCGAAGCGUUCGGUGUACCUGCCGGAACACGACCGAACCAAGCCCGGACGCCACGUGGUCACCUUCCUGCUGCUCUGCAACCUCGCCCUCUGGCUCGUCUACACGUUCGAGAUCGAAAAAGUGGACGCAAACCCCGUGCAGUUGAACUUUUACGGCCGGCUGCACUGGGCGGUGAUCCUGCGCGUGACGUUGCCGCUGGCCAUCUUCCACCGUUUCCACUCGGCCGUGGUGCUGGCCGAGGUGUGGAAGUCCAGCUACAGGGCACGCGAGGACUGAGCCAUCAGCGGAAACGGCUCCAUGUCCCGACGCCAGCGCUGUCCACGCGGCCGGACCGGUGCCCGACUUUGUGACGCACCACGACCGGGUCCGCCGGUUUUCCGGCUCGGCCCAGGCGAGGACCGUUCUGCAGUCAGCUGAAGGCGUGCGGGGACUGGGUCAGCGACGUUUCGCGCCGUAUACCACGGUAGCAUGUAGAGUCCGGCUACAGGACGCAGGGCCUGAGACCACGGCUCCUCGGCCCAGCCCGGGACCUGUCGUGAGACCAGGCGGUGAACCUACCGCGAGACGGGGUCACAACGCCAGACGCCGCGAUGCGCUGCCCUGGAGACGGUGGUCAGAAUGCCGGCGAUCUUUCGGCUGUCUGACGCGAGUUCGCGUAAAAUCUGACAGCGCUGCGUGCUGCGGGACUACGGCGUGGUGGAAGUGGCUGCUGACGAAGAGUGCGGCAAGUGGACAGCGGCUUCUUCAGCUGUCAUUAUCGCGGUCGCCUGGAUGUGAACCCACCGAACACUGCCCGCCUAAGGGCCCACUCAUCGGCCCAGCUGGCGUGAUGAGGACGAGUGAUGAGGACGAGUGAAGGCGUAGCAGCCACGCUACGAGCAAACGGCGCGCUGGUCUACAUGUGCAUGGUUUGGCUUCAGCUUUUUUGCUGUGGCGAACAGCUGGGCUGGUUCAGCCGUCAGCACCACGCGUUGUUUGUGUCACGCGUUGCGCUAAAUUGUCUGCUGUGGGUGUGCCAGCCAGUACCAACAGAUGCUCCUAUGAACAGAAUCAAUGCCUACAAACAAGAAAAAUGGGCUGUUUGAUUCAAAGAUAAUCCUCCACAUAUCUUUGACGUUCCCUGAUGUGUACUGUGCUACUUCAUAGAGGUUCACGUAUUCUUGUCUGGCACAACGGACGUUGCAUACACUUCAGUGGUCACGUAUCUGUAUUUAUAACCGCGGUGUAGAUAGCAAAAAUUACCGUACCCUUUGGCUCCGCCUUUGUUAAUUUGGUGGACUCCUGGAGUUGACAGAGACAGGGUUGCUGGUUUACCGUAGAGUGUCCAUUCAAGCCCACAUAUCCACAUACUUGGUCGUAAACUGUCCGUCGCUGAGUCGCAAGCAGUACGUGCUACAUUUAGGACACCUGGAACGUGUUCAAUAUGACGGGAACCCUGUUCGCAAAAGGACACCAUAGUUCAAAUUUAAUGCAUAACGUGCACGCGGUGCAGCUAUGAACUAAAUGUGUUUUGAAGGUUCACUUAGGCAUAUCCUCACUGAUAUAUUUUUACCGCGAUGGAUUCAGAAGAGAGCUGUCGGUGACAGCGGUGCUAUAGGGUGCCGGGUUACGGCUGUUGGGCGGCGGGCGUUCUAUGUGCCAGAAGCUUUAUACGUGUAUUUGUGAAUGGACCCUCAAGACUUAAGCAAGCUUUUGCUGUCCAAUGAAUCUCAAAUGGGUGUGAAUCGUGGUGACGAUUACUGCCUGUCCGCCACGUGGGAAGGAAGCGUCUCGCGGACGUGAAGAAGAGGUGCAGCAGGAUCUUCGAUCUGAGAUGUACAUGGUCUGUG